CCUCCACAACACUUCUUCACAUACAGGAUCCAGCAUGAGUUCAUCACCGAUUCAAAAGUGCCUCAAAAUCUUCUACACCAAGACUGUAGACAACUUCCUCCUGGUAGUCUCAAUGUCGCUCACAGUUGCAGCCAUCGCUGUGAUGGCAAGAAGCAACCCUAAUGGUCUCACUGAUCGAAUCCAAGCCCUCAACCAUUCACACCACAUCUUGCUGAUCGGAUUGUUCUUGGCCACCGCGGUGACUGUGUACAUCCUGCAGCGUCCGCGCACGGUGUACCUCGUCGACUACGCUUGCUUCCGCCCCCCAUACAACUACCGUGUUCCCUCCGCCAGUUUCGCCGAGCAUGUCCGCCAGGUAAGCCAGUUCAGCGAGCGUAGUGUCCGUUUCCUGACACGCCUUCUCGAGAGAUCGGGCCUUGGUGAGGAGACGAGCCUGCCUCCAAUGAGCUUCUACAUUGAAGGUUACAAGUACAGUACGCUGGAGGCUGCUCGCAAGGAGGUUGAGCUUGUCAUCUUCUCCGCCAUCGAUGAUCUGUUUGCCAAGACAGGCAUUGAUCCUACCACCAUUGACGCCGUUGUCGUAAACUGCAGCGGAUUCAGCCCAACACCAUCUAUGGCAGAUAUGAUUGCAAGCAAGUACAAGAUGCGUAGCGACAUCCUCAGCAUCCAUCUGUCUGGGAUGGGGUGUAGCGCCGGGUUAAUCUCGAUAGAUCUUGCGAAGAACCUGCUGCAGGCCAUGCCCCAGGGUGCACGAGCAUUGGUCGUAUCUACAGAAACCCUGACACCCAACUACUAUCUUGGAAACGAGAGAGCUAUGCUGCUUCCAUACUGCUUGUUCCGGAUGGGUGGAGCUGCCGUGCUGUUGUCGACGUCACCGGCGAAGGCCAGAUUCAGGCUCAAGCACAUCAUACGGACACUCACUGCAGGAGACGAUAGAUCUUACCGGUGCAUCUUUCAGGAAGAGGACGACAAGGGGAACACAGGGGUCAACCUCUCCACCGACCUCAUAGCCGUCGCUUCCAACACAUUCGAAACCAACAUCACCACGGUCGCGCCGCUCAUCCUUCCGGUCUCCGAGAAGCUGCUGUUCGCGCUGUCCCUCGCGUCACGAAAGCUUUUCAAGAUGAGGAAGAAGGUGCGCAUGCCGAACUUGCUCACAGGGUUCGAGCACAUCUGCGUCCACGCAGGCGGGCGGGCGGUGAUCGAUGGGAUCCAACGCAGCCUGCGCCUGUCGGAUGAGCAUGUUGAGCCAUCCAGGAUGACACUGCAUCGAUUCGGCAACACAUCCAGCAGCUCCCUGUGGUACGAGUUGGCAUACGUAGAGGCCAAGCGCCGCAUGCGCAAGGGUGACCGGGUAUGGAUGAUUGGAUUUGGGUCCGGAUUCAAGUGUAACAGUGCAGUAUGGGAGUGCAUCGUUCCUGCCAGCAAUGAAGAUGGACCUUGGGCAGGCUGCAUCCAUCGUUAUCCAGUGCAUAUUCCUUAAUAUUCGUAAAGCAUGUUGCAGCAAACACAGAAACUCAAAAGUCACCAAUAAGUAGUAAUGUCAAGUCUUUAUAAUUUUGCGCCCAUCAGUUUGCAGACUUAUCUUAAUGCCCCAUUCAGCUGUACUUAGCUAUGAUAUCAUCAUGUUGUGUUUCUGUGAAAUUAAACGGGCCUUUGAGCCUGUAUAAGAAAAAUUAAAACUCAUAAUA